AUGGAUCUAAGUGAUAAGGUGAUGGGAUCUGAGGAAGUGAUCACUGGACUAGCAAUGGAGAUCGCAACUCCAGAAGUGAUUUUAUCUGAAAUCCAAGUGAAAGCUGCAGAAGUGAUUUCAUCUGAAAUCCAAGUGAAAGCUGCAGAAGUGAUUUCAUCUGAAAUCCAAGUGAAGACUCCUGAAGUGAUUUCAUCUGAAAUCCAGCAAAAAACCUGUGUGGAUUGUGGUGCUAUCAAAACGCCUCUUUGGCGUAGUGGUCCUGCUGGCCCUAAGUCGCUGUGCAAUGCUUGUGGGAUCAGGAGCAGGAAGAAGAAAAGAGAUCUGCUGGGAUUGAACAAGGAUGACAAGAAGACGAAGAAAUCGUCUGCUAAUUCUGCAAGCAGCAGCGGUGAUAGCGCCAGCAGCAGCAAUGUGGAGAAGAAGAAGAAAGCUCCAGUGAAGAGAGCUGAUUCAAUUUCACUUCACUGGAGUAAGCUUGAUGAAGUUGAACGAGCUGCUUUCUUGUUGAUGUCUCUCUCUUGCAGCUCUGUUCGUGCUUGA